AUGGCUCAAACCUUUCUCACCGGAGGCAAGAAAUUCUUCAGGACAUGCCCUUCAGUAGCUGACUUUAAAAGCCGAUGGCCAGCUCUUUUUUCUCCACGUGAGAUAAAUGCUGAAUUCCAGCGCAUCACUACGGUCCCGCUAACAUCCACAUUUAUGGCACAGCUGGACAACAACACAACCAAACUGACCAAAGUCUUCAGAAACAAGGGAGGAACAUCUGGACGCAAGAUCACAGAAAUCAUGGCUGCAAUUGAUGAGAACGACACAGUUGCAAUGAGAAGAGUGUGUACGCUGAAAGGACUUGCAGUCUACCUCAAUGAAGAUCCGAACAGCUUGAUCAAAGAAUAUCAGGAUGUGGACUUCCAUGAGGCCGAAAGUGAAAUGGAGAAGACGCUCAUUGGCAUCUACGUCAUCAAACCAGAAGGAGAGCGUGACCUUGACCCGGCAGAAGACAUUGGUAUCAUAAUUGAGGGUGUCGCUGUGCUCAGAGAUCUUCCUGAUGUUGCCACUGCUGUUGUGUUGUUGUUCGGCCUGAUCUACACUUUAAACAUGAGCUACCCAUCCAACCUCAGGUACACUUUUGAGUUUUUUCAGAAAGUACUGAUGGGACUUGAUGCUAAGAAGCUAUCAAACAAAGUUCAAGUGCUCAGAAACAAACUCCUUGAAUAAAGAGGAGG